AUGUUGGAGGAUGCCCUCAAGCACCACCGGAAGGCUUUUUCCGAGUUAACGUUCGAAAAGCUCGUUACGCACCGACCCAGGUUAGCUUCAGACUUGGCCAUCCCUUACUUUGGUAUUCCACAGUUCCAAUGGACGAAGCACGUGCUAAACCCAGCAUUUGGCGACUUGCAGGAGGAAGAGGAGGAGGGAAGCGUGAGCCCUUCGCCGCCAUGGAUAACCAAGGAGAUCUUUCAUUUUCUGCGUAUAGCUAGUUCUGGUAGUGUUCCGUCGCCAGUGAGCAACUCCUUCGAUGUUGACGUGCGUUCGCACUACACUGACUGGCUGAAGCAGUCCAAGCCUUCUGUCGACCAGGCUCAAGUCUUCGGUAGGGACUGGCUGUCCAAUUGCUGA